AUGGCUCCUUCCGUCCACGGAACAGCCAGUCGAGUCGGCAAACGGCAGGCAGGACUACAGAGCUAUGCAAAGGUGUCCAAGAACAUCAAUUCGCGACUCAAUGUCAAGGCGCUCCUAAAAGAGGCAGCACUGAACCCAGUCGUCAACGGGCAAACUUCAGCCAAAGCAACUUCAAAGCGUAAACACAUUCGGGUACAGGAUGACAGUGACGCCGAAAAGGAUUGUGCCAACACUGCAACAUCUAAAAAGCCAAAGCUUCAAUUGCCCACACCACCACCUUCGCGAAAAACACGAAAUGGCUCGGCCGACCCUGAACUUUCUCCAUCACUUGAACUGCGGCAACUUUCGCUUGACAGCAGCAGCUCAGCACAAUCAACGCGCAGUUCAAGCCUUCCCCGGGCCUUGAAAGACUUGAUAUCUCUGCACGGCGCAUUUCUACGGGCAUUCAUGCUACAUAUUGCCCAUAAUGGAAGAACUGCCCCGGCAGACCUGGGGACGUUGAUGGCCUCGAUGACUAGGCUAUGGAAGAAGCAGACGGUCCAGAAGGAAGAUAUCCAGCGCAUCCUGGCCAUGUACGAACUUGACUCGGUCAACGACAUUGUGGCUGGUCAACUCUUAAAACACAAGAAUGGACCCUUCAAGUUGACAAUAACACUGGCAGGAGGGGAAUCUACCCGUCACAGUGUGGAAUACGUUGGUACUCGUGGUCUUGACACGCUGCUGGACUCGCCCUUUGAUGAACGGAGUCUGCAAAACUCCUAUGAGGCGCAGGUCCAAGCUGCAUUCGAAUCAUGCUGCGACCAAGCAGAUGAGUUGCUUCGUGGCGAGGUCCGGCAGCUUCCUCGCUUAGAGUUUACUAUUGGGUCUCAAACGCAAGCUCGCAAGAGUAAGGCUACGGCAGCGCGGAAGGAGAUCCUGCGUCUGUCUUCUCAAGCGCAGAAUCGGUCAGGCUCGCAAUUCUCGGCUGCCAAGGAGACUUCGCAGACCGAAGAGACCACGACACCCCAAGUCGUCAAAGAUCGAACUUUGUCUCUUUUAGACCGGGUCCGAGCCAAAGCACUUGCCAGUUCGACAACCACACCAAAUACGCCGGAAGCUAUUGUACGCCGGUACGCUCUUGGUCGCAUCCAGGAGGUGGUUGAGAUCCUUCGCAUGCUGCAACAACGGAAGCUGGCUUCCAACUUUAACUCUUCUAUUCAUUCCAGCCCCGGGAAGGUCCGGGGGAAAGUGUCAUUCAGUCUUAAUCAACUUGUCAACGACAUCAGAGGCAGUCUCGCCGUGCCACUUGGAGAAGCCGAAAUCAGGAUGUGUAUAAAGAUAUUGGCCGAUGAUGUACCGGGGAUCUGGUUGUCUGUAUACACGGUGGGAAAUGUUCAAAGUGUGGUUCUGAAUGGCCCGGGUAUGAGUGGGAUUGAAGUCAAGAAGAUACUCGACGGACGUUGA